UUACUGAUCCGUGCUAAGCUCGCUCUGCCCACUGCCAGCGCUUUUCUGAGUUUGUUUAUCGCGUUUUUAUAUUCGUUCAGACGCUUCUUCUUGCAGUCCGCUUUUAACUUUCGAAGAGAAUUGACCAGUAAAACGAGCGGAUCGUCACCAUGCGUAUAUUAAUAAGAAGUUUCUGGUUGAUGGCUCUUGCCCUAAUAACAAUGUCUGAAGCAGAGGAAAAUGUUGAAGCUCUGCGCUCCGUUGUAGAAGGUGCAAAUCAAUUUAGUUCUUCAUUUUUCCAGACUGUGGUACGACACAAUCCUGGCAACCUUAUAAUGUCCCCUUUAAGUGCAAGUAUUGCUCUUGCUAUGGCUGCUUGUGGAGCUCGUGGAAACACAGAAGCUCAGUUUAGAAAUGUACUUCAUCUACCAACAUCAGAGAGUGUUGUCACAUCUGGUUAUCAGUCACUUAUUGAUAAUCUCAAUAAUGUCAAGGACAAUAAAUUGGCUGUUGCAAAUAAAGCCUUCAUAGCAGCAGAUCUAAAUUUGAAACCAAGCUACAAAGAUUUAACAGAAGUUUACUUUCGCUCUGCUUCUCAAUUGGUAAACUUUGCUCAAAAUAAAGGAGCUGUGCGUAUUAUUAAUACGUGGGUCGAACAAAAUACAAAUAACCUCAUUAAAGAUAUUCUAAAUACUGAUGCGGUUAAUGAGAUGACAAAAUUAGUACUUGUCAAUGCAAUAUAUUUUAAAGGCCAAUGGAAAAAUAAGUUCGACCCUAAGUUAACGAGAGAUAUGCCAUUUCAUACUAGUAAAGUUGAAGUAAAAAAUGUUCCUACAAUGUAUAGUCACAGUAUUUACAAAUAUGGAGAACUUCUAGAUUUAAAUGCUAAAUUCGUUGUAAUACCAUACAAGGGUAACGAAUUCAGUAUGGUCAUAAUUCUUCCAAACGAAAUUGAUGGUUUGUCUGAUGUCCAGAAAAAAUUACAAAAUACAAGUUUAACGAACAUUCUAAGUCAAGGACAUGAGGAAAAAAUGAUAUUAUGGUUACCAAAGUUCAAGAUGGAAAGUAUGCUUGAACUUAACGAUGUCUUAAAAGAGAUGGGUUUGAUUGAUGCAUUUAAUGUUGCUGAUUUUUCUGCGAUGACUGAUGGUGCUUUGUUCAUCAGUCGUGUUAUCCAAAAGGCAUAUAUUGAAGUGAAUGAAGAAGGAAGUGAAGCUGCUGCUGUUACUGCUGUCAUUGGGUCAUUCAGAACGGGUGGUUUAUCGUACCCUAUACGGAAAUUAAAAAUUGAUCAGCCAUUCGUUUAUUAUAUCAUAAAAACUAUAAAUGAUGAAAAGGAAAGUGAUAUUAGCUUAUCAUUAUUCAGCGGUUCUGUUAUCGAACCCAAAAUCUAAGAACAGUAGUGCCAUAAUAGUAAUAUCAUAGUAAUGUAAUAAUUAAUUCGUGUGCUCCGUAAUUAUAAGCUUUUCAAUAAUAAAUGACGAUAAAUGUGUUGCACUUA